AUAAAGACUAUGGCGGCCACCACAAGCUUAAAAUCUUCGAGAUUUACAUCUUCUUGACACUUUACAAACUCACCGAAGCUAGAAAUGAAAGAAGAAAACGUAUUUAGCCGAACGAAAGCUCGAUAAAAGAUGCUCGUAUCCGCUUUAACGUUACAGCUUACCGUUAGGCUACCUGGCUAAUAGGCUGUGGAAUCCGUUCUAGCUGCUAUGAUGCUAAGCAUCUAGCUAACAGAUAAAAACAUCAAACCGGAAGUUAAAAAAAACACCAACUGUCACAAAUUCAGGCAUGGCGACGGUGUCCAUCAGAGGCGUGUAUUUCAUUCUCACGCUGUUCCUGAGCAGUUUUUUCGGCAGUGUAAUCAUGCUGGGCCCGGCGCUGCCCAUCAUGCUGUUGUCUCCGGCCUGGUACCGCUGGCUAACGGACCGCAUCGUGGCCACCUGGUUCACCCUGCCCGUGGCUCUGUUAGAGGUCGUGUUCGGGGUGAAGGUGAUCAUCACCGGCGACGGCUUCGUUCCCGGCGAGCGCAGCGUGAUCAUCAUGAACCACCGCACGCGGCUGGACUGGAUGUUCCUCUGGUGCUGCCUGCUGAGGCACAGCUACCUCCGCCUGGAGAAGAUCUGUCUCAAAGCGGCCCUCAAAGCCGUGCCUGGAUUCGGCUGGGCGAUGCAGGUGGCAUCAUUCAUCUUCAUCCAUCGCAAGUGGGAGGAAGAUCAGAAUCACCUGACCAACAUGCUGGAGUAUUUCUGUGAUAUCAGGCAACCGCUGCAGCUGCUUCUUUUCCCUGAGGGCACCGACCUCACCGAGAACACUCGUGCCAGAAGUGACGAGUACGCCGAGAAGAACGGCCUGCCGAAGUACGAGUACGUCCUGCACCCGCGCACCACCGGCUUCACCUUCAUUGUGGAACAGCUCCGUAAAGGGGACAAUCUGGACGCGCUGCACGACAUCACCGUAGCAUACCCGCACAGCGCCCCUCAGACGGAGCGCCACCUGCUGGCUGGCACCUUUCCACGUCAGAUCCACUUCCACGUGCGCCGCUACUCUGUGUCCUCUCUGCCCGAGGAGAACGAGGCCCUCCAGGCCUGGUGCCAGGAUCGCUGGGCGGAGAAAGAGGAGCGCCUGCGCUCGUUCUACAGCUCUCAGCAAUUCGACAAAGCCAAAGCUCGCAUCCCACCCUGCAAGAGCGAGCCGAGGGUGGCGCUGAUCAAAGUCGCGUCGCUCUGCUACUGGAACGCCUUCAUCGCCUUUUCCCUCGUAGGACUCUGUCUCUGGACGCCGUUCCGCAUCUACUUCCUGGUGGUGUUGACCUUCUUCUUUGUUCAGCAGAAGGUGAUGGGUGGGGUCGAGCUGAUCGAGCUGGCGUGCCAUCGACGGCUGAAAAGAACGAAUGAUGAGCCAGGAAGAAAGAAAGACUGACAGGUCUGAGUGUUUGAGUGUUUUUUUUUUUUUUCACUAAACAGGAAGUGGCACCCUCUUCUGGACCCAAGUGUGAACUGCAGACCUGGAAGGGAGGAAGGGAUGAAGGAGGAGUAUGCUUGGUUCCUAGCUGCCUAGGACGAACUUAAUCUUCAGGGCUGGAAAUGUGUGUAAUUUUCGCUGUAUGAGGAGCGGAGUGUGUGUGUGUGUGUGUGUACGUGCGUGUGUGUGUGUAUACAUUUUUAUCCACCCACACUGUCUUAUGUAUCAUUGUUUAACUAUGUGUUCAUAUGUUUAUCUUUAUUUUCCCUUGUGUUUCUGUUUAAGCGGUAAUUUUAGUCAUAUUUUCUUAUUCCACUUUUUAAAAUGUAUUUGUUUUAUAAUUACUGAUCCCCAGUGCACAAAGCUGGCACUGAUAACCGUUUCAGGUUCCUGAUACAGCCAAUUAAAUUAAAGGGGGGGACAAACAGCAACAAAAAAAAGAAGCACUUAUAGUUGUCAGAUGUACGUAUAUGAAAAAAAAAAGGAUUUAAAGCGAAUGUAAUGAUGCUUAUCUUUGGCUGCGUCCCAAAGCUCAAGAUUUAAGUGUGUGUGUGUGUGUGUGUGUGUGUGUGUGUGUGUGUGUGUGCACGGCUUUAACUGCUUUACACGUGAGAAAAACCCAAAGCUGGAUUUUGAGGAAAGGAUUAAGAUUGAAAAUACUGAUUCUUAAGCACUACUUUAUUAACGAGUAACGACAUUCGCUGUGACGAGCAACACACAGGACAGCUUUACAUAUACACAUUGCCUUAAACAUUGUAUAAGAAGGUUGCUAUAUAUAUAGAUUAUGUAUAUUGCUACAAGUCCAGUUUGUACUGUUACGCUCUGGAAAUAUUUGACUGCUGUGUUUCUGCAUAGUGCUGCAGUGCGGACUGGUUUAAAAAACUUUUAAACAUCUACAAAUCAACUAGGUGAGAAGGCUUCGUCCCAAAUGAUUCUGCCAGGUUUUUUUGGUGCCCUAUACAGUAUCUACGUUCAAUAUGGAUUUGAGAUUCAGCAUCUCAGUCAUUAGGAGUACAAACGGUAGGGAGAUUUGGCUUUUAAACACUAAAGUUCUCAUUACUCCUGAUGUUUGACCGAUCAGGAGUCGAUUAUUUAUCGCGGGAUUACUCGAAACGAUGUUAUUAUGAUACAUAGCUGCCUGAUUCGGUUGUAUUUGUGAUUCUGGAAGCAGUGUGACUUUAUAAUUCUAUUUAUUUAUUUUUUAGAGUUUGGUACAAUUUUCAAAUCUAAAUCAUUAGAGUAAAAGAUUUCACCACUUCAAAUGCGCAAAUGUAUAAACGCUCAUAAAAAAACAAACAAACAAAAAACUAGGAAAAAUUAAGUUUGGAGUCAGUGUGGCGAUACGUGAAUUGACUCAUCUGAUUUUUUUUUACCCUCCUCCCAUCUCUACUAUAGAGGGAGUUAAUGCUUUGUUAAAUCUGAGCAUUUAAAGUGAGAGAUCUUUCCGGUCCUUUACCAAGUAUACAUACACUACCGCCCAAGAGUUUGGGAUCACUUGCAAAUUUUUUUGUUAACAAACUUUUCUACAUUCUAGAACAAUAUUGGAGAUGUCAAAAUUUUGAAAUAACACGUACAGCAGGUAGGUAAUUAAGUAACAGUCAGGAUGUUGUUAUUUUAAGACAUAAAGGUCAGCUGUUCUGGAGCAGUUCUUGCAAGAACACUAUUGUGUCAAGUCCAUUUGCAAAACCCAUCAAGCACCAUGAUGAAACUGUCUCUCGUGAAAACCUUCGCAGAAGAACUUCUCCCUGCAGCAGAGAAGAAGUUCAUUUAGAGUCACCAGCCUCAGAAAUCACCAAUUAACAACCAGCACUUCAGAUUAGAGCCGUUAUGAAGCUUUACAGAACAGAAGGAGCAGAUAAACAUCUCAAUAUCAACUGUUCAGAGGAGAUUAUUGUGUGUUUUGGAUGAACGCCUUCAGUAUUGUUUUACAGUGUAGAAAGAAAUAAAAAUCAGGAACAACCGUGGAGUCAGGAAGUGAUCCCAAAUUUUUAACUGAUAGUGUAUAUUUAAAAAAAAAAGGACUUUAUUCCCUACCUAAUGCAUUUGAAGUCAUUUGGGAUCGAGCCAUAUUCUAGUACUUUAUCAUUCAGGAAUAACGGCUCCUACAUAGUGAACUGUAUAUUAUGGUCAGCCUGUUAAGUGCUCUAAUUAUUGGUGUGUAAGGAUACUUAGUGCCCUUGAAAACCUCAGCUCUGCUCCUUAUAGAGUCCCUAUACAAGUAUAGACUAAUUAUAUUGGUUUCUGGUUAUUUGAUAUUGAACCGAUAAAAACCAAGUUUUUAUUUUUUGUUUGUUUAUCAUGUACAAUGAGUCAUAAAUGAGGUUUCUGUUAAAUCAAAGGGUUAUAAGAGGAGUUUUACAGGGUAACACACACACACUUGUAGAUAUCCCUUCCGUCCAUCAACAAAUUUAUAUAAGCUCUAAUAUUUUCAAAGCCAAUCCGUUCAAACUUGCUUGUUUUUUCUGUGUGUGUGUGUGUGUGUGUGUUACACUACAUUAAGUCAAGAGUUUGAGGAGUGUUAAAAGUUUACAUGUUUUUACCAGUGCAGAACAUUUAGAUCUGAAUCCAGCCACUGUGAUAAAGAAUGUUCUAUAAUCAUACGCAUUGCAAGAUAUUAUUUCUUAAUGCUGGCUUUAAUAGCGGCACACAGCGAUCAUCGGGGUCCAAGCACUAUUCUUUUUUUCAUAAAUUAUAAAAAAUAUCAUGAAGCUUUUUUUCUUUUUGUGUGUGUGAAUUUCAUAUAAACGGGUUCGAACUUUCUCUAGAGUUGGAAAGAGUAAGAUUUGCAUGUUUUCAAGAUCAAGUCCCUAGACGUCCAAACGCAGCUUUAUUUAUAUUCAGGGAACGAGUAAGUAAAAAAAAAUUUACAACUUGCACAUCAGCUACAUAAUAAUAAUAAUGCAGUCGCAUGAAUGCUUAACUAUACGCAAAUAUAGAAAUUAAAUUCUGCUCGACGAACAAGAGAUUGUUGGUCCUAACGAGGCCACUGCCGUCCAAUAGAUUAUAAUUACACCUUGCAAAUGAACAUCGCUCUCUAAGACACACACACACACACCUACUGUACGUGAGCAGCGCAACGUCCCGUGGUCAUAUAGAUUCACAUCGUGUGUAUGAAUGUAGUUCUCCUACAGGAAAUUUCAGGUGCAUCAUAGGAUAUAAGAUAGCGGUCGGUUCCUAAUGCACACGUGUUCUCAAUUUCUGUUCUCGUUUACGCAUCGUGUUUUUUUUGCUCGCAGGUCUCGCGCUAUCCUCAGGUACACUUUCAUUUUCUGUCACCUUCAUUUUCUUCAUGCUGUUUAAGAUCUAUGCUGCAAUAAAUAUCUACCUUUUCAACCUCA